AUGAAGAAAGAUGCAGCGAACUAUAAGUUUAAAUGCUACUAUACAAACUGCGACAAGGCUUAUUUAACGAAAUAUCACCUCCGUCGCCACAUAAAUGCUGCGCACUUACAAAUAAAGAGUUUCGUUUGCUCUCAAUGUUCAAAAGCUUUCUCCAGCAAGCAGAACUUCAAAGAGCACGAACUUCUCCAUGCAGCAAAUAAAAAUUCUCCAAGCAGGCCUGAAAUCUUUAAGCCAGUAAUCCCUUAAACUUAAUUAAACUUAUACAGAAGUCCGACAUAAUUCCUGAAGGACUACCUCUACCCGUAAUACUCAACUCGGUUGCCCGCCAUCAAUCGUAACACGACCUUCAAAGCUUCGCUCCUACAGAAGAGAUCCAUCACUCGCUACCUUUAGUGGAUGAGUUGCGCCAUCUUGCAGUACGUCAACAGAGGUUGCUCUUUCCGAAAAUUUAAAAACAAAAUUUUCGAGUCGAGUUGUCGGCCAAAAUGGAAAUCCAAAAUAUGGGACGCAACGCCCAGUAUCGCGCUGGAUAAGUGCCGAUGGACUGUGUAGUAACCCACAGUGCCGCUGAGCCACUCCUUUCCAACUCUAAAUCCCAUUUCACCUGAGGUGAAAACCUUGAUUUGGAGUGAACUGCGGUCGACCUAAUUUGAAAUUGCGCUCCAUCAAGACAAUUAAAACCUAGCCGGAUAUACUACCUAGUACCAAUUCCCUUCCGCAAGAUCCCCGCAGCCUUUCGAGCCUACGUCUACAGAUGCUGAGAAAAAGGGCUAGUUCGCCGUCGCCAUUUUAAUGUAUAUUAAGCCAGUAAUCCAGCAAGUCAAAAUAAGGCCACCUCUUUAGUCGCUAUGCUUAUCAACAUAACUUACCAACAAGAGGAAGCUACCAAGCCGAUGAAAUCUAAUGCGAAAAAUAAACCGAUGCCUGUGCUACCACCUGUAGAUUUAGAAAGGCAAAGCAACUGGGGAGUGAUCAAAAUACCGAUCCUGCCAAUUCUAUUAAACUAG